GAGCGAGGUGGUCGGGCGAUCGACACAGAGCGGGGAGCUACCGGCGAGACAAGUACGAGCAGAGACAGACCCGAGGCAGGAUGUCGAGCUGCGCAGAGCUCAGCUUCAACGUGGACAACGGCUACCUGGAAGGCCUGGUGAGGGGCUUCAAGGCCGGGAUCCUGACACGAGCUGACUACCAGAACCUGGCCCAGUGCGAGACUCUGGAAGAUCUGAAGUUGCACCUGCAGAGCACGGAUUACGGGAACUUCCUGAACAACGAGAGCGAGGACCUGACCGUGUCACGGAUUGACGACAAGCUGAAGGAGCGUCUCCUGGCGGAGUUCCGCUGCCUCCGCUCCCACUCUCUCCAGCCGCUCUCCACCUUCCUCGACUACAUCACCUACGGCUACAUGAUUGACAACGUGAUCCUGCUGAUCACCGGGUCCCUGCGCCAGAGGCCCGUGUCGGAGGUGCUGCCCCGGUGCCAUCCGCUGGGCGGCUUCGAGCAGAUGGGUGCCGUCAGCAUCGCCCAGACGCCCGCCGAGCUCUACAACGCCAUCCUGGUGGACACACCCCUGGCUCAGUUUUUUCAGGACUCUCUUUCGGAGGUUGAUCUGGAUGAGAUGAAUGCUGAGAUCAUGAGAAACAAACUCUACAAGGCUUACAUAGAGUCAUUCUACAAAUUCUGUAAAGAAACAGGAGGGGAUACAGAGACUGUCAUGUGCCCUAUCCUGGAGUUUGAGGCUGACCGUCGAGCCUUUAUCAUCACGGUGAACUCGUUUGGGACAGACCUGAGUCGGGAGGAGAGGUGCAAACUGUACCCCACCUGUGGAAGGCUGCACCCUGAGGGGCUCCAAAUGCUGGCCCAUGCCGAGGACUAUGAGCAGGUCAAAGCCGUGGCUGACCACUACGCUGAAUACAGACUCAUUUUUGAAGGAUCAGCACCCGGCUCAACAGACAAGACCUUGGAGGACAGGUUCUUUGAAUAUGAAGUAAAAAUGAACACCCUGGCAUUCCUGAAUCAGUUCCAUUUCGGCGUGUUCUAUGCCUACGUCAAGCUGAAGGAGCAGGAGUCCAGGAACGUUGUGUGGAUUGCAGAGUGCAUUUCACAGAGACAGAAAUCCAAGAUCGACAACUACAUCCCAAUUUUCUAGCCCCAGGGACAAAAAUCAGGGCUUUGUUAGGGCUGUGGAUUGAUGAGCCUGGCCAUGCAGAAUGACUUUUCCACAAAGAUUUGAUUCCCUCUGUUCACUUAUCCAGAUGAUCAAAAUUAUGGUCAAAUAUAACCAAAUCACUGUUGCUGUUCACAAUAUGACUCACACAGACAGAUGAACACCUGA